UACGCCCUCCUGUCACACAGUGCAACUAGCGGCGAGAGGCAGUGUCACGUACUCGGCUGACAAAGCCCAAACAACUCGUUAGCCGCUGUUAACCACUUUUCCGCCGACGAGACCGCCAGUUGCCGUUCGCGUCGCAGCACAGACGGACAAAAUUCGCCGAGAUGGCGCAAGCGAGCUCAACGAUAACGCUAGCGCUACUACUGAUGAUCACGCUCACUGCUGGCUACCACACGGGCGCGCCGACGUCACGCUGUGACAGCAUGACGCCCGGACAUAUAAUUGGGAGCCAGACCAGUGAGCCACCCUACACAGUGAUGCCAGAUCGCAGCUCCUACACAGCCAACGACAUCAUCAUAGUCACCAUCCAAGCAAACAACGGCGUGACCUUCAAAGGCUUCAUGCUACAAGCGCGAGACCAGAGCGGUGCCAGCGUCGGAGAGUUUACAACUGUCGACACAGCCACCAAGCUGACAGAAUGCUCCGGCGCAGCUGCCGUCACCCACGACGACGGGAGUAGGAAGACAAUCAAGAGCUUCACGUGGAAAGCUCCAGCUGAGCCGGGAACCGGUGCUGUCACGUUCUUUGCUACAAUUGUUCAGAGGUUUACAACAUACUGGGUAAAGGUACCAUCUCCGGCCAUAGCAGAGACGACUGCCACGGAAAUAAGAAUUAUUCCACAAUCAGACCGAGUACAGAACAAUGACGAGGAGAAAACGACAGGCUCGCCACCCAGUGUUGUUUCAAACAAUAGAUCGAUUUUACGUAAUCUAUGGGAGAAAUUUUUUGGUUGAACUGUGUUAGAACAGCUGCCGCUAAUGACUUAGCCGCCGCUUAGCAUACAGUUGCCUCUUCACUCAGAAACUGAGCAACAAAAGGACUGCGUUGCUUGCUUGAAAACUGGUUGCUUGCUUGAAAUCAGUGGGAUCUCGCUGGUAUUAUUAGUGCUCACCCCUGAAUGUGACAUAGGUAUAACAUGGAACAGCUAUAUAGGUAUAUAAUGUAACAUGGGAUAAGGAAAGAGCAAGAUAUAUGAGUCAAACUGAUGUGCAGAUACACAAUCUGUGACCACUUUGCAACGUGGCAAUCCUGCUGCGCCUGCCUGUAACGAAAAAAACAAAUAAAGGGUUUCACUGCAAUUCUGAAAAAUGUCGUUUGCUUUAUAAAUACUUCCAACCUUACCACCUUACUCCUUAGUCAUCCUAAUAUUUUUUAUAACCAUUAGCCUUACUAUAAUUUUAACGUUCAAGUGCAUGCAGUAGUAAACUGUUGUACAUAUCAAUGUAUAUCUUAGGUUCAAGCCUAAUUUGGAAGCCCAAUGUUAAUGACAGACUUGUCGGCAGUAGCCCAAAUUCUGAAAAGGCCUUGGCUUUUAGCGACAUAUUAAAAUGAGAAUUUCUCGAAUAAAACGAAAAAAAUUAAUAAUUUAGACAUGUUAGUGUACAUAUUACUGAUUACUUCAGCUCAGUUUCUGCUGUUAUGGUACCAUGUACGAUCGUCGACCGCCUUGGACGUUGCCUGCCCAAUGAUGGACGUUUGACAAACCGCAUCGCAUUCUUAUCGAGGUUAAUGUGUUCGUACCAUUCUAAAAUGCAUUCCGUUUACGCUGACUUUCCUCUACGGCCGGGUGGCCGUUCCUUGUACGGCUAACGAGCUCUUAAUUAUGUAGCUAAUGUACUCUGUGUCCGUCCCCGGGCGUCUCCGAACAUUUGCAUUACUAAUGUGCCAAAUUCUCUAUGUCUCUAUCUCAACGUUAAAAUGCCGUAUUACAUAUAGACAGGUUACUGGUACCUAUAUCGAAGUGUAUACAACUUAACCUAGUGUAGAGACAGGGCUCGAGUCUUGUGAGAGGAAAAAGCUCGCGCUAGUUUUGUUAACAUGUAUGUAAACAAAUCGCAUUUGAUAUUCAGACCGAUGCACAUAUUAGUGGGAAAAAUUAUGUGUGAGUGUUCUAUGACUUAGUUUUAGUAUGUUAGUCUUACCAUAUAUACAGUUGGUAUUAUGGAAGGAGUACCGGUACACAGGAACUUGGAACAUGUCAUUAAUGAAAUGAUGGUAAAUAAACACGAAAUGUAUUUACUA